GACACCGCGGUACGGACAGAACACCCAGAGUGCACCGCUGCGCACAUUUAAACAAAGUCUCACAUGCGUAAAACUCUGGAUGUGCGUAUUAUUUUCUUUGUGAAUGGCAGAGAGGACGCGUGGCACGGGCGCUGGAGCGGCGGGUGCAGCGGCAAGAUGGGGCGCGUUGGGGGGGCUCGUGCGAAGUUUAGUGUAAAUAUGUGACCAGGACCGAUGAGGCUGUGACAUGGAUCAGUCCACUACUCUGGACAUAGAGUCACUGAAGAUCACCCAGGAGCAGUUCAUCCUCGCCUCCCAGUCCCUGCACCUCCAGCGGCCGGGCUGCGAUGCCGUCUACCCGGUGGGCCUGUACGGCUGGAGGAAGAGAUGCCUCUACUUCUUCCUGCUGCUGCUCCUGGUCACCAUGAUCGUGAACCUGGCGCUCACCGUCUGGAUCAUAAAAGUCAUGAAUUUCUCAGUGGACGGAAUGGGAAACCUCCAUUUGAACCAGGACGGGAUUCGCCUGGAGGGGAUCUCCGAGUUCCUGCUGCCUCUCUACGUGAACGAGAUCCAGUCCAGAAAGGAAAGCCUGGUGGCCUUUCGAUCAGAAAAGAACGUGACGCUGAACGCCAGAGACGAGCACGGCCAGCUGACCGGCCAGCUCACAGUGGGACCUGAGGCUGUGGAGGCCCAGUGUCAGAGGCUGGAGGUGCGAAGUCAAGAUGGAGGAAGACUCCUGUUCACUGCAGACGAAGAGGAGGUCAUCAUGACAACAGAGAAGUUCAUCGUCACAGGCUCCGAAGGCGCCGUGUUCGGACACUCAGUAGAAACUCCUCUGAUCCAGGCGAGGGCGUCCGAAGACCUCAGAUUGGAGUCUCCAACGCGGACUCUGACCAUGGAGGCUCCCAGGGGGGUGGAGGCGAGCGCCGCCAAGGGGCCGCUGAAGGUCAGCAGUCGAAAGGACCUGCUCCUGGAGUCCACAGAGGGCGAGAUUCUUCUAGACGCCAACACCGUGCAGCUGGGCAGCCUCCCGCUCGGCGUCUACACGGCGUCUCCCAGUCAGGCGGCCCACGAGCAGGCCGUGUACGAGGUGUGCGUCUGCCCCAGCGGCAAGAUCUACCUCUCUCCCGCCGAGAGCAGCUCCACCUGCCAGGCCAUGAGCAACAUCUGCCUCUGGAGCUGACCUGGGAGCGGAGCCGCUGAUCGAAAAGACACCGCUCACAUCUGCCCCGGAGCAGCUGAGGUCGAGACUCAUUCGCCGACGGAGCUCAAACUCUUCAGUGUCUGGGCUGUUCGGAUUAUUUCAGAGGCGUCCGACCUCGGCGGGGGUCGACCGAAGGUCAGGACUCCCCGCUGGAGGAGGAACUGCAGUCGGAGCAUCUCUCUGGAAUCAGGAAUAUCUCAAACCUUUCUACUACCUUCUAGUACUGUCAGAGGACACGUCUUUUAUUUUUCUACUCUUAAGUUCUUCGUCAACACGCAGGGACGGUCUUUGGGAUUCAGAGAGAACAAGAAAAGACAAAACACAGGUGCCUUCCCGCUGUGAAAGAACUCAAUGUUGAACCCGUCUGUGUCAAAGGUUAUCGAAGGUGGUAGAAAGUGAAGUAAGCACAAUUCUCUCAUGGUUUUUAGAUUAUUUUGAACUUUCUUAGAAGACAUUUUACAUUUAUCCAACGUGUUAGUUUUUAAAAUGAAACAUGUUCUUAUGUGGCGCAUUACACUCGAGUCCUAAAAACACUUUUAAAUGAUGUUGACUAUGACGGAGUAUUGGGGCCAUAUGGAAGAAAUUAUUAUUAUUCUCCAAAUCUCUGUUUUCUGUUUCCCUUCAGUGGCCCUAACAUGCAUGAGAAAAUUGGGGAACCAAAAAAACACAUUUCUCAGUGUCCCUUGUAUCACAUGAUGCUCAUCCUCGUAUUGGAGUUUUCCGUUUUUGUGGAAUUAUAAAUGUUUAA